AUGGUUCUAGCAGGGCAGGCGAAAGUACUAAACCCACCUUUAGGAACUUUCGAGUCGUCUACUGAACUCACCGUAAACACUUUCGGCUCACAGCAGCCAAUCACAAAAACAUUUGGUGUCACGGUCAUCCAAAUCUGGGACGCUAAUGGCACUCAUCAUUCAUUCAAAGUCGCAGGAAUCGACAAAAUCACAGAACCACUGCAACGGAACCGCCUCAGCCUAGAGGAUAGACAGUUCCUUUCUGAUAAUGAGCUGCAACUCUCCAUAAACCCAAAUUUGACAAGCAUUCGCCCUCAAAUUCUUCUGAACUGCACCGACCUUCUUUCUCUUUUGGAUCAAGGCUUGGCAUCACAACAUAUACUACCAUCAGGGUAUCGACUCAUUUCUUCGAAGCUUGGUUAUCUAGUAGCAGGAAUCAAUAGCCGGUCUACGACAAUAGAAAAAGAGUAA